AUGACUGAACAUAAGAAACCGUUGUUGGACGGCUCCGGUGCCGACACCAAGGAAGAUAAGACGGCCACCGCCAUUUUGAGAAGAAAGAAGAAGGACAACGCUUUGAUUGUCGACGACGCCACCAACGACGACAACUCCGUCAUCACCAUGUCGUCUGCUACCAUGGAACUCUUGGAAUUGUUCCGUGGUGACACAGUCUUGGUCAAGGGCAAGAAGAGAAAGGAUACUGUGUUGAUUGUGUUGGCUGAUGACGAGAUGGAGAGUGGUGUGGCCAGAGUCAACCGUUGUGUCAGAAACAACUUGCGUGUUAGAUUGGGUGAUAUUAUCACCGUGCACCCAUGCCCAGACAUCAAGUACGCUAGCAGAAUCUCUGUGUUGCCAAUUGCUGACACUGUGGAAGGUAUCACUGGCUCAUUGUUUGAUGUAUACUUGAAACCUUACUUCGUUGAGGCCUACAGACCCGUGCGCAAGGGUGACUUGUUUACGGUGCGAGGUGGUAUGAGACAAGUGGAGUUCAAGGUGGUGGACGUGGACCCUGAGGAUUUCGCCAUUGUGGCCCAGGACACUAUCAUUCACUGCGAGGGUGAGCCAAUCAAUCGUGAGGACGAGGAGAACAAUCUCAAUGAAGUUGGUUAUGAUGAUAUCGGAGGAUGCAAGAAGCAGAUGGCCCAGAUUAGAGAAUUGGUCGAGUUGCCAUUGAGACACCCACAAUUGUUCAAGUCCAUCGGUAUCAAGCCUCCAAAGGGUAUCUUGAUGUAUGGUCCUCCCGGUACUGGUAAGACUAUCAUGGCCAGAGCCGUUGCUAACGAGACUGGUGCGUUCUUCUUCUUGAUCAAUGGUCCUGAGAUCAUGUCCAAGAUGGCUGGUGAGUCCGAGUCCAACUUGAGAAAGGCUUUCGAAGAGGCCGAGAAAAACUCUCCAUCUAUCAUCUUUAUCGACGAGAUCGACUCCAUUGCACCAAAGAGAGACAAAACCAACGGUGAGGUGGAGAGAAGAGUUGUGUCGCAAUUGUUGACCUUGAUGGAUGGUAUGAAGGCCAGAUCCAACGUGGUGGUGAUUGCUGCCACCAACAGACCUAACUCCAUUGACCCUGCCUUGAGAAGAUUCGGUAGAUUCGACAGAGAGGUCGACAUUGGUGUUCCUGACGCUGCGGGCCGGUUGGAAAUUUUGAGAAUUCACACCAAGAACAUGAAAUUGGCUGAUGACGUGGAUUUGGAGGCCAUUGCCUCUGAGACUCACGGUUUCGUGGGUGCUGAUGUGGCUUCCUUGUGUUCCGAGGCUGCCAUGCAGCAAAUUCGUGAGAAGAUGGAUCUUAUCGACUUGGAGGAGGAGACCAUCGACGCCGAAGUGUUAGAUUCUUUGGGAGUCACUAUGGAGAACUUCAGAUUUGCCUUGGGUAACUCCAACCCAUCGGCCUUGCGUGAGACCGUUGUUGAGAAUGUCAAUGUUACUUGGGACGACAUUGGAGGUUUGGACGACAUCAAGAACGAGUUGAAGGAGACUGUCGAAUACCCAGUGUUGCACCCAGAUCAAUACCAGAAGUUUGGUUUGGCCCCAUCCAAGGGUGUUUUGUUCUACGGUCCCCCAGGUACUGGUAAGACAUUGUUGGCCAAGGCUGUUGCCACUGAGGUGUCUGCCAACUUCAUCUCUGUUAAGGGUCCUGAGUUGUUGAGUAUGUGGUACGGUGAGUCCGAAUCUAAUAUCCGUGAUAUUUUCGAUAAAGCCAGAGCUGCUGCUCCAACCGUUGUUUUCUUGGACGAAUUGGACUCCAUUGCCAAAGCAAGAGGUGGAUCUCAUGGUGAUGCCGGAGGAGCUUCUGAUAGAGUCGUCAACCAGUUGUUGACGGAGAUGGAUGGUAUGAACGCAAAGAAGAACGUUUUCGUUAUCGGUGCCACUAAUAGACCAGACCAAAUAGAUCCAGCCUUGUUGAGACCAGGAAGAUUGGACCAAUUGAUUUACGUUCCAUUGCCAGAUGAGGCCGCCAGAUUGUCUAUCUUGCAGGCCCAGUUGAGAAACACUCCAUUGGAGCCAGGUUUGGACUUGAACGAGAUUGUCAAGAUCACAAGCGGGUUCUCAGGUGCCGAUUUGUCGUACAUUGUCCAAAGAUCGGCCAAGUUUGCCAUCAAGGAUUCUAUUGAGGCACAAAUCAAGCUUGCAAAGGCCAAGGAGAGCGAGGAGGCUGUCAAGCAAGAGGGUUCUGACGACGUGGAGAUGACUGAUAAGUCCAAGACCGAAGAGGAAGAGGAAGAGGAGGAAGAGGACCCAGUUCCAUUCAUCACCAGAGCUCACUUUGAGGAGGCUAUGAAGACCGCCAAGCGGUCUGUUUCUGAUGCUGAGUUGCGUCGUUACGAGGCCUACGCCCAGCAGCUACAAGCUUCCAGAGGUCAGUUCACCAACUUUAGAUUCUCCGAGGGAUCCGAGGAGAACGCUGGUCAGGCUGCCUUUGCCGAGGAGGCCGAGGAGGAUGACUUGUAUAGCUAA